AUGUCGGUCUCUUCCGAAGCUCUCACCUUCACCCUAGCAGGGUUCAUGAGCGGCUAUUAUUUCAGCGGCGCUUUCGUCUUCAUGCCAGCAGUGCAAAAGGCGCCGUCACCUCUGAUCGCUCAACAGUGGCGCCGCGCUUGGGACGUCGGCCGUUACGUCGGGAAGAUCGUCGUUACUGGCACUGCUGCCAGCUUCGCCUACCUAGCAUAUGUGGAACCCAUGAAGGGUGGAAACCCUCGAUUCCUCAUGUUUGCUGCGGCGGCGGCCAUUGUCGGUGCAAUCGUGCCAUACACUGUAUACGUUUCCUAUCCCUACAACGAGGCCAUCAACAGACAAUUUGGGGCUAUGAAAGACGAAGACGGGGACUUGAAGAAGCUUGUUACGGAAUGGGGCCGUACCGAUUGGAAGAGGUCCUUGCUUGCGUUCGUUGGGACUACUGUUGGGCUCUGUGGUGCGCUGUUUUAG